AUGUUGAUCGACACGGGCGCGGAGAUCACAUUCAUCACUGCUUCUCUCGUGCAGCAACUCAAGCUUCACCGGGAAGCAUCGGUAAUACCGAUCAUCGGGAUCGGCGGGACGCAUUCGGGCCACACGCGCGGGGUGGUUAGCGUAAAGCUUCGGUCUAUGCACUCAUCGGACAUUGUCUCAAUAAAAGCUCACAUUUUGUCAAAGUUAAUGCCUACUCUCCCUUCAUUUACACCUCCUAACAUCUCACUUUCUCAUCUGCAAGGUCUUCCACUUGCAGACCCGGAAUUUCUCUCAUCAGGGUCCAUCGAUGUAAUUCUCGGGGCUGACAUCUAUGGGCAACUCAUUCGGGAGCAGAUCAAGCGGGGGCCUCACGGCACACCGAUUGCACAGAAUACGGUUUUCGAGUGGAUCGUUCUCGGUCCUAUGGACUCUUCUCAACAGUCAGCCGGGUUGGUUCAUCACGCUGCAGUGGAUCACGGCUACAAGGGCCUCUACGACACGUUUCUCGGGGAAUACGAAUCAUUGGGGCACAUGACUCGAGUCUCGGGCAAUCACGCCCCGCUCGAGCCCAUUUACUACUUGCCGCACCACGGGGUGCUCACCACAAAGUUACGUGUUGUAUUCAACGGGUCGUGCAAUACAGAUUCGGGAAUUUCGCUUAACGACAUUCUGCACACGGGCGCGAAACUGCAGUGGGAUAUUUCGGACGUUCUCUUGUGGUUCAGACGACACCGUUUCGUCUUCGCGACCGACAUCGUUAAGAUGUUCCGGCAAAUUCGGGUUCACGAAAGUGAUUGGCACUUACAACGCAUUUUUUGGGUGGACGAGGGCGGGCGGGUCGUUCCAUUCCAUCUCACCACGGUCACUUACGGUACUCGGUCAGCACCAUUCCUCGCGGGACGGGCCCUGGAUCAAUUGCUCGCAGAUCUCAUCACGCAAGCGGAGCAACUCAUCGGGAUUUGUACAGCGGGCUGCUUUCCUCUGGCCAAGUGGCAGAGCAAUCAUCCGGAGCUUCUCACGGCGGUCGGGGCGACCUUAUCAACGGAAAACGCUCGGGUAUUUGAAGAAUGUGAGACAAAAGCCCUUGGUCUCGCAUGGCUUCCUCACACGGACGUGUUCAAAUUCACGGUUCACAAGUACACAGCCGGGGACGGGAUCACGAAACGCAUCAUUCUCUCGGAGAUCGCACGAUUAUACGAUCCAUUGGGUUUUCUCUCACCGGUAACGAUUCGAGCCAAAGUUCUCUUACAAAGGCUUUGGUUAGAAAAGUUAAAUUGGGAUGACCUCGUGUCAACGGAAGUUCGCAACUCCUGGGUCGCGUUUCGGCAGGAACUAUCGCAUAUCGGGACGGUUUCGGUACCGCGGUGGCUCAACAUCGCGACGGGUACAUCGGUCGAACUACACGCGUUUUCGGAUGCAUCUCAACUAGCAAUGGGCGCAGCUGUGUACGUUCGGGUUUCGGGCGCGGGUAAUCAAACAACGGUCUCAUUAGUCUGCGCUAAGACUAAGGUCGCACCGAUCAAACGGCUCACAAUUCCUCGGUUGGAGCUCGCAGCAGCGGUGCUGCUUGCUAAACUCACACACCACGUGCAAAACGUGCUGGGCCUUGAUGACUCACGGGUAUACCUAUGGACGGACUCAAUGGUAACGCUCACUUGGGUCACUUCUCAUCCUUCACGGUGGAAGGAUUUUGUUCGGAAUCGGGUAUCACUGGCACAGGAGCUUGUGCCACGGGCCCAAUGGAGAUUCACACCGGGUCGGGACAAUCCAGCGGAUUGCGCAUCACGGGGGCUAACCAUCUCACAACUCGCGCGACAUUCAUCAUGGUGGGACGGACCUCACUGGUUAGCAAAAGACUCAUUCCAUUGGCCAACUCAACGCAUCGGGACGGGGGACGCAGCGGCGCUCGAAGAGCGGCCAGGUCUUACACUCUCACUCGCAACAUCACCCUCACCGGUUUACGAUCUCAUCUUGAAAUACUCAUCUCUCACACGGUUGUUGCGAAUCACCUCAUGGCUCUUCAAGGUGAUUACAAACCUGAAAAGAGCGGGCGACGGUACAUCGGGUUCAGCCAACAUCACACCGGGAGACCUGGAGAACUCACGGCUUUAUUGGGUGAAAGCCAUUCAGGGAGCAUACUUCACUUCAGAGCUUAAAACACUCACAUCGGGCUACACUCUCCCGAAAUCGCAUCCGAUCACGCGAUUAACGGGCUUCAUAGAUCAUCAAGGCAUUCUCAGGGUGGGAGGACGGCUGAAGCACUCAGCCUUACAACCUGAUUGCAAGCACUCAGUCAUUCUCCCUCGGGACUCACCACUUACGGCACUUCUCAUCGCUGAUGCCCACGAGCGCACUCUCCACGGCGGGACUCAACUCACCUUGGCUUAUCUACGGCAGAGCUGCUGGAUCAUCGGCGGGCGUGGGCCAGUACGCUCAUACAUUUUGCGUUGCGUGCGAUGCGCGCGCUUCCGGGCGCUCAAGGCACAGCAACUAAUGGGUCAGUUGCCAAUCUCACGGGUUACGCCGGCAAGGCCGUUUCUCUUCUCGGGGGUCGACUACGCGGGGCCAGUUUCACUCAAAAGCUGGCGCGGGCGUGGGAGCAAAUGUCACAAAGGCUGGUUGUGCAUUUUCGUUUGUUUCGCUACCUCCGCUAUGCACCUUGAAGUUGUUACAGGAUUAACCACGGACGGGUUCCUCGCAGCACUCAGACGGUUCACGGGCAGACGCGGGAUUCCGCACACGAUCCAAAGUGAUUGCGGAACGAACUUUAAGGGUGCAGCAGCGGAGCUACGACAAUUAUUCAAAACGGGUACACGGGAAUCCGAACUCAUUCAGCACACUGGGGCAACUGACGGGAUUAAAUGGGUGUUCAACCCACCGGGGGCACCUCAUAUGGGCGGAAAAUGGGAGGCCGCAGUAAAAUCGGUCAAGUAUCAUCUCCGGCGGACGAUUGGGGAUGCCAGUCUCACGUUUGAAGAAUUUACGACUCUUCUCACACAAAUUGAGGGCAUACUCAACUCGCGGCCGUUGGAGCCUCUGUCGGAUGACCCGGAUGAUUAUUCGGUUCUCACCCCUGGGCAUUUUCUCAUCGGGGACACACUCACCUCCAUUCCUGAGCCCUCAUUACGGGAUGUGCCUCAAGGUCGCCUCACACGGUGGCAAUGGCUCCAGGAACGGGUUCAAUACUACUGGGAGCACUGGUCAUCGGGAUACCUGCAACGGCACCAGGCUAUAUCAAAAUGGCAUCAUCCGAGUCACGACAUCCGGGUCGGGUCUAUGGUUCUACUCAUGAACGAAAAUAUGUCACCCACAAAGUGGCCACGGGCACGGGUCACACAACUACAUCCGGGAAAGGACGGGCUCACACGGGUGGUUACUCUUAAAACGGUGACGACCACACUCACACGGCCUAUCACCAAACUGGCACUCUUGCCAGUGCCUCAACCGGGAUCAAUCGACAGCACUGCUGCCGAUGGCGGGCGGAAUGUUCAGGAUUGA